GUACUUUGUACUGAGUUUCUAAUUCUCCGGGUUUACAUUUGAUUCACAAUAGCUACGUAGUAUAAUGUCAUGUACAAGGCGCCCCUAGAAAUAUUGAUAUUCCACCAAUGACUGUGUUGAUGUAGAUCGUGACCUGGAGCAACGAGCAAAGCAGAAGGAAGAGGAAGGAAUCGGUUUGCAGAAGGAGAGUGACGAAGAAGAAAUCGGCCUGCGGCAACUCGUUGUAUCUUUCGAAACCUUCAAUGGCUAUGCAUCGUGAACUGUUUCCUUGCAGCCGGCUAGGACUGAUCAUAUCAAUAGCUGCGGCUAUACAUGUACAUGUAGGGAUCGGUACAAGAGCUGCUUCUCUGCCUGGCGAAUUAUACGGUCAUUGGCAGGCUACAUACAACACCACAAGACGGGUAAAGCGAACUGUCCGCUAUUUCUCCCCUCAUCAUCGUCUCCCCAAGCCGUGUAGAAGGCACGCAGCUUUCGCCGCGCCAACCAGAGCUGCUUCUAUUGCCGCACUGGUGCCAUCUUUAUAUGACGCUCAACUGUACGCCACAACCUCCAACCGUGUUGGAUUCACCAACAUCACAGCCACGAUUCAAAUGAUGUAUGAAUUAAAUGGCAGCAGAGCACCAGGACGUCAGUGCCAAAGCGCCACACUAGGAUUUCGACGGUUCCUGGAUGUAUUUGACACUGUUGUGAACCAAACGGCACGGAACAGCCAUGCCGCUGUUUCAAGAACAUCGGCAAUUCUCGUAACUCCCAUGUAUCAGCGUGAACUAGGAAUGAAUGACCGGAGCGAGGUAAAUAUUACAGACGAUCUGUGCCAUGAAUACGACAACCGAAACAUGAGCAUCAGCAUUCUCAUGCAUGGAUAUGUGGCCUCCGCUGUACCGGUGGUUUUGAGUGAAGUAUUGGCGGAGUUGAAAAGAGCUCUCAAACGUGCUCUACGAUGCGCCGGUACUGGCAUAAUCAUCGCCACCAUAGUUCCCGAUGAACAUCUAGAGAAGAAAGUGCUUCACGGAAUCUCAACCACCAAAGAAAGGGUCGACCACGCCGCUGUCCUGAGUACGGGGCGCCGCCGACGCGCAUCGGGAAGCAACAUCAUGCCCCCACGUCUGCAGCCCAGUCCAUGCCAGCUGCAAAGCACGAACCUAGCCAUUGCCGACUUGAAUGCAAUCAUGCAGGAAAAAAUUCUCAUGCCCAAGCACAUAAGCCUGAAAAGUUGCGAAGGAUCUUGUGAGUAUGCCAUCUACAAACCUGCAGCUCCGAGUGCAUAUCAUAUGUACCUCUACCAUUUGCUAGUGAUGGGUAGAGGAGGCAGUGCCCGGGUGCAAUGCGUCGCUUCCCAGCUGCAUUCAUUCACAUUCUUUUUAACGUCCACGUCAUGGCUGUUUCAGACUCUCACUGUAGCCGGAUUCAGCGCCAGUGACUGUGGAUGUCAUUAGAGUGGUAAGAGUAAGAGAGGUCAAACUGUCCUCACCGUGCAUGUACAUGUAUGUCAAAUUGUCAAUAUCCACAAUAGCGAGAAUCCUUUGUGGGGUAUGUCAAUGUACACGUACAACGUACAAUGUACAAUGUACAUGGAGAAGGUGACGUCGAUCAGAGGACGCAGGUGGGUUUGUACAUGUACAGUAUAAUUAUGUUGUGGGUGUGUGAGUAAGUUGUUGUUGAGUAAUCUCAAUACAAGUUCUAAAAUGAGCGUACAUGUACAUGUACAUGUACGUUGUAUAUGUGUACCAUUUUCCAAUUUCGUUCGCUCCUGAAUUUUUGCAAUCCCACCUAGAUGUCCUAGUAUUCUCUCACCAUAUUAUACCAUACUAGUAAUACCUGUAAGCUGCUAUAGCUGUAGCUGUAAAGAAUGCAAACUGCGUGCAGGCAUAGUAGGACAAGAUAUACAGCAUCGUCGCUAUAGUCUUAUUGAAUACCGUCAACAUACAUGUAUUUAUCAUCAUUAGAAGAUUUGUAAAUGAACUAGUAUUUAUCUGGCAAGGAUGAUACAGGUUCCAAGUUCGUAAAUAUGAUACACGUAAUUCAAUUUCAUCCACAUGUACAUGUGCGUUGGUAGGUUUCAGGAUUGAAAGUCGUGCUCCGGUAUAUUGAGCCUUCAUGCAAGUGUUAUGAAGAAUAUAACACCACGUGUAGUUAACACAACGGAAUUAUUCCAGCUAUUUUUUGUUCCCUUCAUUUGAAGUAUAUUAUAAUACUUUACACUCAUUGGCUUGAGGGAAAGAUUCACGUCCCUUUAAAUUAAACGCUGGUUGGCAACAGUGAUUCUAUUGCCGACUCUCCA